CCCUCGGCUUCCACUCCGCAGCCCCGACCAGUCCCAUCCGCUCGCUUUCCUUUUUGGCACUGCCCUUUGCCCUCCCAUGGAGUCAUCUGUUUACUCUCCCUUCACUUCCAGUCACCCGUAGGUCACCCUCCCUCUACCAGUCACCCAUUUUGUCCCCUCACCCUUCUCCCCUCACUCUUAAUAUCUUCCCCGGGUUGCCUUCUUAGAGGACUCUGCCGACAGAGAUGCUGCGGACCCCGCGGCCAGGGUCUGCUCUCCGGAGAACCCUCCGUCCACCUUUGCCCCCUCGGGGGCGCGGGAGGCAAGUUUCCGCCCAGUCCUAUCCCCAGUGACAGGACUUGGCGGCGGCCACGGCCUGAGAGGCGGAGGGAGAGACGGCCUGGCUCCCGAGCCCCCUCCCCUGCUCGCGAGCUCGCGCGGUCUGUGUCUCUCUCCGCAAGUGCGGAGACGCGGAGGAGGAGGAGGAGGGAAUUGGGGGAGGAUCUCCAUUGAAAUAAACAACCAGGCAGCAGUUAUUAACACAGGAACAUGGCGGCCGCAGCCUCAGCCACAGCUUCAGCGGCGAAGGUCAGCGCCGACGGCAGCCGGCACCUGACGGCGUGACCGACCCGAGCCGAUUUCUCUUGGAUUUGGCUACAAAUUUAUAGAUCUGCACUGUGUACAGGCACAGAGUUAUGCAUGGUAUUUUUAUUUACAUCACUGGUGAAGAUAAGGACAAGCUGCUGAGCUCUGGUUUGAACUGCAGAGGCUGUGGACAAUUACCAGUUGCUGAUAUGUGUUCAAGAUGAGUGGAAUGGGAGAAAACACCUCUGACCCAUCCAGGGCAGAGACAAGGAAGCGCAAGGAAUGUCCUGACCAGCUGGGACCCAGCCCCAAGAGGAGCACUGAGAAACGUAAUCGUGAACAGGAAAAUAAGUAUAUUGAAGAACUUGCAGAGCUGAUUUUUGCAAAUUUUAACGAUAUAGACAACUUUAACUUCAAACCUGACAAAUGUGCAAUCUUAAAAGAAACUGUGAAGCAAAUUCGCCAGAUCAAAGAACAAGAGAAAGCAGCAGCCGCGAACAUAGACGAAGUGCAGAAGUCAGAUGUGUCAUCUACAGGGCAGGGUGUCAUCGACAAGGAUGCGCUGGGGCCCAUGAUGCUGGAGGCCCUUGAUGGGUUCUUCUUUGUAGUGAACCUGGAAGGCAACAUUGUGUUUGUUUCAGAGAAUGUGACACAGUAUUUAAGGUAUAACCAAGAAGAGCUGAUGAACAAAAGUGUAUAUAGCAUCCUGCAUGUUGGGGACCACACUGAAUUUGUCAAAAACCUGCUGCCAAAAUCUAUAGUGAAUGGGGGAUCUUGGUCUGGAGAACCUCCUAGGCGGAACAGCCAUACCUUCAAUUGUCGGAUGCUGGUAAAACCUUUACCUGAUUCAGAAGAGGAAGGUCAUGAUAACCAGGAAGCACAUCAGAAGUACGAAACUAUGCAGUGUUUUGCUGUUUCUCAACCAAAGUCCAUCAAAGAAGAAGGAGAAGAUUUGCAGUCCUGCUUGAUCUGUGUGGCAAGAAGGGUUCCCAUGAAGGAAAGACCAGUUCUUCCCUCGUCAGAAAGCUUCACUACUCGCCAGGAUCUCCAAGGCAAGAUCACAUCACUGGAUACCAGCACCAUGAGGGCAGCCAUGAAACCAGGCUGGGAGGACCUGGUGAGAAGGUGCAUUCAGAAGUUCCAUGCACAGCAUGAGGGUGAAUCUGUGUCCUAUGCUAAGAGGCAUCAUCAUGAAGUGCUGAGACAAGGAUUGGCAUUCAGUCAGAUUUACCGGUUUUCCUUGUCUGAUGGCACUCUUGUUGCUGCGCAAACAAAGAGCAAACUCAUCCGUUCUCAGACUACUAAUGAACCUCAGCUUGUAAUAUCUUUACAUAUGCUUCACAGAGAGCAGAAUGUGUGUGUAAUGAAUCCAGAUCUGACUGGACAAACAAUGGGGAAGCCAUUGAAUCCAAUUAGCUCAAGCAGCCCUGCCCAUCAGGCCAUGUGCAGUGGGAACCCAGGUCAGGACAUGACCCUAAAUAGCAAUAUAAACUUUCCCAUCAAUGGCCCUAAGGAACAAAUGGGCAUGCCCAUGGGCAGGUUUGGUGGUUCUGGGGGAAUGAACCAUGUGUCAAGCAUGCAAGCAAGCACUCCUCAGGGUAGUAACUAUGCACUCAAAAUGAACAGUCCCUCACAAAGCAGCCCUGGCAUGAAUCCAGGCCAGCCCAACUCCAUGCUUUCACCAAGGCAUCGCAUGAGCCCUGGAGUCGCUGGAAGCCCUCGAAUCCCACCCAGCCAGUUUUCCCCUGCAGGAAGCUUGCAUUCCCCUGUGGGAGUCUGCAGCAGCACAGGAAAUAGCCAUAGCUACACCAACAGUUCCCUCAAUGCACUUCAGGCCCUCAGUGAGGGGCACGGGGUCUCAUUGGGGUCAUCAUUGGCUUCACCAGACCUAAAAAUGGGCAAUUUGCAAAACUCCCCAGUUAAUAUGAAUCCUCCUCCACUCAGCAAGAUGGGAAGCUUAGACUCCAAAGACUGUUUUGGACUUUAUGGGGAGCCAUCUGAAGGUACAACUGGACAAGCAGAGAGCAGCUGCCAUCCUGGAGAGCAAAAAGAAGCAAAUGAUCCCAACGUGCCCCAGGCUGUGAGCAGUGACAGGUCUGAUGGACAGAAUAGACUGCAUGACAGCAAAGGACAGACCAAACUCCUGCAGCUGUUGACCACCAAAUCUGACCAGCUGGAGCCUUCACCUUUAUCCAGCUCUCUGUCGGACUCAAACAAGGACUCCACAGGGAGCUUGCCUGGUCCUGGGUCAGCACAUGGAACCUCGCUCAAGGAGAAGCAUAAGAUUUUGCACAGACUCUUGCAGGACAGCAGUUCCCCUGUGGACUUGGCUAAGUUAACAGCAGAAGCCACAGGCAAAGAGCUGAGCCAGGAGGCCAAUAGCACAGCUCCUGGUUCAGAAGUGACUAUUAAACAAGAGCCAGUGAGCCCCAAGAAGAAAGAGAAUGCACUACUUCGCUACUUGCUAGAUAAAGAUGAUACUAAAGAUAUUGGUUUACCAGAAAUAACCCCCAAACUAGAGCGACUGGACAGUAAGACCGACCCUGUCAAUAACACAAAACUAAUAGCUAUGAAAACUGAGAAGGAGGAGACAAGCUUUGAGCCUGGUGAGCAGCCUGGCAGCGAGCUGGACAACUUGGAGGAAAUUUUGGAUGAUUUGCAGAAUAGCCAAUUACCACAGCUUUUCCCAGACACGAGGCCAGGCGCCCCGGCUGGAUCAGUUGACAAGCAAGCCAUCAUCAAUGACCUCAUGCAACUCACAGCUGAAAACAGCCCUGUGACACCUGUUGGAGCCCAGAAGACGGCACUGCGCAUUUCACAGAGCACUUUUAAUAACCCACGACCAGGGCAACUGGGCAGGUUAUUGCCAAGCCAGAAUUUACCACUUGACAUCACACUGCAGAGCCCAACGGGUGCUGGACCUUUCCCACCAAUCAGAAACAGUAGUCCCUACUCAGUGAUACCUCAGCCAGGAAUGAUGGGCAAUCAAGGCAUGAUAGGCAACCAAGGAAAUUUAGGGAACAGUAGCACAGGAAUGAUUGGUAGUAAUGCUGCCCGGCCCACUAUGCCAUCUGGGGAAUGGCCACCACAGAGUUCUGCCGUGAGAGUCACCUGUGCUGCGACCACCAGUGCUAUGAACCGGCCCAUCCAAGGAGGUAUGAUUCGGAACCCAACAGCCAGCAUCCCCAUGAGACCCAACAGCCAACCUGGCCAAAGACAGAUGCUUCAGUCUCAGGUCAUGAAUAUAGGGCCAUCUGAAUUGGAGAUGAAUAUGGGAGGACCUCAGUACAGCCAACAACAAGCUCCUCCAAAUCAGACUGCCCCGUGGCCCGAAAGCAUCCUGCCUAUAGACCAGGCAUCUUUUGCCAGCCAAAACAGGCAACCAUUUGGCAGCUCUCCAGAUGACUUGCUGUGCCCACAUCCUGCGGCAGAGUCUCCAAGUGAUGAAGGAGCUCUCUUGGACCAGCUCUACCUGGCCUUGCGGAAUUUCGAUGGCCUGGAGGAGAUCGACAGAGCUUUGGGAAUACCCGAACUGGUCAGCCAGAGCCAGGCAGUAGAUCCGGAGCAGUUCUCAAGUCAGGAUUCCAACGUCAUGCUGGAGCAGAAGGCCCCUGUUUUCCCACAGCAGUAUGCAUCUCAGGCACAAAUGGCCCAGGGUAGCUAUAGUCCCCUACAAGAUCCAAACUUUCACACCAUGGGACAGCGGCCCAGUUAUGCCACACUCCGUAUGCAGCCCAGGCCAGGCCUCAGGCCCACGGGCCUGGUACAGAACCAACCAAAUCAACUGAGACUUCAGCUGCAGCACCGCCUCCAAGCACAGCAGAAUCGUCAGCCACUUAUGAAUCAAAUCAGCAAUGUCUCAAAUGUGAACUUGACCCUGAGGCCUGGAGUGCCAACACAGGCACCUAUUAAUGCCCAGAUGCUGGCCCAAAGACAGAGGGAAAUCCUGAACCAGCAUCUUCGACAGAGGCAAAUGCAUCAACAACAGCAAGUUCAGCAACGAACUCUGAUGAUGCGAGGACAAGGGUUAAAUAUGACAUCCAGCAUGGUGGCCCCUAGUGGCAUGCCAGCAACUAUGAGCAACCCCCGGAUUCCCCAGGCAAAUGCACAGCAGUUUCCAUUUCCUCCAAACUACGGAAUAAGUCAGCAACCUGAUCCAGGCUUUGCUGGGGCUGCAACGCCCCAGAGCCCUCUGAUGUCGCCCAGGAUGACACACACCCAGAGCCCCAUGAUGCAGCAGUCUCAGGCUAACCCAGCCUACCAGGCCUCUGACAUGAAUGGAUGGGCACAGGGGAAUAUGGGUGGAAACAGCAUGUUUUCACAACAGUCCCCGCCACACUUUGGACAGCAAGCAAACACCAGCAUGUACAAUAAUAAUAUGAAUAUCAAUGUAUCCAUGGCGACCAACACAGGUGGGAUGAGCAACAUGAACCAGAUGACAGGACAGAUCAGCAUGACCUCAGUGACCUCCGUGCCUACGUCAGGGCUGUCCUCCAUGGGUCCCGAGCAGGUUAAUGAUCCUGCUCUGAGGGGAGGCAACCUUUUCCCAAGCCAGCUGCCUGGAAUGGAUAUGAUUAAGCAGGAGGGAGAUGCAUCACGGAAAUACUGCUGACACUGAAGGUAGCUGGUUGCUUCUUUCUUCAGCCGACUGGGCUCACUUGCUCAAAACACUUACCAGUCUGGAGAGCUGUGUCUAUUUGUUCUGACCCAACUGACCUGCCAUCCAGUUCUGCCAGAGCAAGAUCAGCAGCAGGACCUGGGCUCUGGCUCCCGGGGCGAGUCCCCUUGGCUGUUGCAGGAGGAGCAGCCUCUUCUCUCAACAGUCCGAAGCCCGCGUCCAGACAGUUGCUCAGUCUGUUCACUGCAUUCACCUUAGUGCAACUUAGAUCUCUCCUGCAAAGUAGAUGUUGACAGGCAAAUAUCGUGCCCAUGUCAGAGUGAAUGUAUUUAGAUGUGUGUACUUAAGGAAGACACCCGUGCUCUUGUUCUGUUCCUGUUUGGUUCCAGACACUGGUUUCUUGCUUUGUGUUCCCUGGCUAAUCAGUCUAGUACAAAAAUUUCCUGUAGGGGAAAGAAAAGAAUUUUUUUUUUUUUUAAGUCAAACUAAAGGUGAUUUAAGCUAAAGCCUGCAUUUAGGAUAAAAGCAGAGCAGACACCAUGGAUAGUGCUGAAUGUAGAGACACUCAAGAAGCAAAGACCAAUAAAGUCAUAGUAUCUUUGUAGACGGCUCAAAAAACCACGGACAGUUUUCAGUUCCUGAACAGAUGAAGGAGCCUGUGAGAGGGCUAUGGAUGUUAACAAGUACUUUCCCUAUUUUUUGUUGUUCAUUCUAACCAAACUAGUUCACCUAAAAGAUGAAUGGUGAAGAAAUUUUUUCAUUUCCCUAUGAAACUCCCUUUAGAUUGAUCAGACAGCUUGGAUUAGCAUCUUCUCUUCUCCAUCUGAUCCUCAGUUUUCCUGCCCCUCUGCCUCCCCCAGCUCUCCCCAUUUUCAUUCAUUUUCUUAAAAAAUAAAAACAACAGAAACCAGGUAAGCCCUUCAUUUCCUUAAAUGUUUUGCCAGCCACUUACCAAUUGCUAACUCUUAAAUCUCAGAAAAAUGCAUUUCUGGCAAGGAGAGGAGCAAAGUUAGGACUUGAUACCAAUCAGACUAAUGAUACCUGCUUUGGAAGUGUGUUUUUUCUGUUUCCCAGCCACACCGGCCUACAAAACAGGAGAAAAUAAUAGUGUGUUUUAAAAAGUGACAGCAGAUACCAUGACAGAUGUAACCUCCGCCACGUGUUUUUUAUUUUGUUUUUUAGCAGUGCUGACUAAGCCGAAGUUUUGUAAGGUACAUAAAAUCCAGUUUAUAUGUAAACAAGCAAUAAUUUAAGUUGAGAACUUAAGUGUUUUAAUUGUAUCAUUUUUGUGGGGUAUACAUAUUGUGGAAUUGACUCAAAAAUGAGGUACUUCAGUAUUGAAUUAGAUAUCUUCAUAGCAAUGUCUCCUAAAGGUAUUUUGUAAAGGAUAUCAAUGCCUUGAUUAGACCUAAUUUGUAGACUUGAGACUUUUUGUUUUCUAAACCUGUGAUUCUGCUCAUAAAUCAUUUAUCUAAUCUAUAUGAUAUGCAGCCACUGUAGGAACCAAUUCUUUAUUUUUAUAUGUUUAUAUUCUUUCUUAAUGAACCUUAGAAAAACUACAUGUUACUAAGCAGGCCACUUUUAUGGUUGUUUUUCUUGCCCACCCUGAUAGGGGAAUACUUUUAUUAAUUGGCAUCAGUUUCAGAAAACUGCAAUACCAAGAAACUGAUGACCUUUUUGAGAUGUUUCUCCCCAGCCCCUAAUACACAUACUUUCUUACCUAAAUUUCAGAAUGGUGUCUUUUUUGAUGUCUUAAAAAGCAAAGCAUUUUAUAUCUCAUUAGCCAGGCUUUUUAGGAACAGAGAGGUUUUUCCUUGAAAUUUGAUUGUUUAUUUGUGGCAGGGUGAAAAAUGUACAAACUACCCCUAUUUAUAUUUAUAUCUCUCUCUAUAUGUACAGAUUAUGGAUUAUAGGAAGAGAUAUAGCCCAAAGAUAAAUGGUAAGUAGACAGUCUGAAAGUGUUGCUCCAUACUAAAGAAAUUUUCUGGACAUUUGCAUUUCGAUACCUUUUUUCCACUUGAGAGGGGUCUCACUACAGGGAGGUGGCCAAGGAACAACACUUCUCAGUGGUCGCCAGCUUGCUG